GAAGACAGGCGGCCUGGCGCGCUGCUCGGACAUUUGUCACCAAGGGACGCCUGUCGCGGGUGCCAUGCCUCGGCACUCCAGUGGUUACCAACCAAUUGUGCAUUGGCUGUCGACGGAGAACAAACCUGAGCUUGCAAGGGAGAACAAGGUGACGCGGAGUUUCAGUGAUGAGCACGAAAUCAGGGCAUGACGUUGACCAGCAUAGCGAAGUCCACAGCAAACAUCACCAUGGCGACCAUGGUAAGCAUCACCACAGUGAACAAGGGAAACAUCAUGGAGACCAACACCAUCAAAGGGACCAACACCAUGGUGGUAAACAUCCACCUCUGCGUGAUGCCGUCAUGAAAGCUGGCAAAGGCGAUGGGGGGAGCGUACAUGGAGGGCAUGGGCAGCCCCACGGACGGUCUCGAGCUGGGACCUUGAUCCGCAGAGACACAGGUCACGGGUUUGGACAGAGCAAGCAUCAUGGUAAAGGCCACGAAUACGACCGGCAAAGCGUAGGAAGACAAAGCGAAGGACAUCCACCUUCCCUUGUGGAAUACGAAAACACCUAUCGCCUUGAACCCGAUGAUCACUUCCAGGAAUCAAAAGUCCGCGAAAUCAUUGCCAAAACCUUCGAAGAAAAUCUACAAGAAAAGGACUACGACCCUAAAAUCAUGAACCGGCGGUGCUUGGAGCUCAGCGACGUGAUCAAAGAGCGAGUGAAGCAUCUGCACAUGUCACGCUACAAAAUUGUCUGCGUUGUUUUGAUUGGUCAGAUCAUGGACCAGAGUAUGAUGAUCACUUCCCGUUGCCUGUGGAACCAUAACUACGACAACUUUUCUACGUUCACGCUAAAAAAGAGUGCAUAUUAUGCUGUUGGCAUGGUGUUUGCAAUGUAUGCAGAAUGAUGAUAUCACUAUUUAAAUGUUUAAAAAAAAAUGCUUAUGGCAUUGUUUCCUUAUGGUCAUGGCUGCAUCCAACAUGCAUUUUUAACCACGACAGAAGUAUAGUAGAUGCCUGCGAAUAAAUUGAUGGCUUACGACCA